AUGCUUGUUGUUCAUAUGUCCUCAUGUGUUAUUUUUUCGUAUCUAAUUGUGCUAAAUUGCCGAAGAAACUCACCCAUAACAAUCGGAAACCGUUCAAAAUUCUUUCAUGGCAGAACACUGGGUCAAUCUGAUUUCUUUCGAUCUGUUCAGCUUUCAAGCUCCUCAGAUGAAAGUGAUGAACCGGAACAGACUUUUUCUGUUCAGAUCCACACUCCGGAGCUGUAUAUAGUAAAGCCAAAUCCAGAAGGUCCUCACAAUCAUUUGUCUACAAAGGCAUGUUCCACCAAACCCAAAAAAUUCAUAAGCAAACAACUUUAUGAAGUCAACAGGAAAUGGUCGUUCAAAUACAGUGUAAAUGACUUAAACCAUAAACAUCUGUACAGUGAAAACGACGCUCGACAUACCUGUGAUUCUCACUACAAUGAAAGAAAACUAGAUGGUCCAAAACAUGUGCAUUUUCCUAAGGGGAACCCUAUCUCUGCUGUAUACAAUCUUUAUACAUAUGCUACAGCAAGCAGGUUGGAAAGGUCUAAUCGUAUUUGGGAAAUAGAAGCAAGGUCUCGCUAUUUCGAUCGUUUGAAGUAUUUAAUAUCAAAUGGUUUCGAGGCUGACGUAGCAUCCCAGUUGGCAGGAGAUGAUGAAUCUACGGAACUUCACUCUAGUGUUAAUAAAGCUCUUGACAAUAAAGCAUGCAAACAAGACAAUCUCAAACCGACGAAUAUAAUAUCUAAGCGUUCAAAACCUCGACAUCGCAAACGUAAUCGAAAACGUGGAUCUAACCCAGUAUCCCUGUUAUCUUCACAUUCACAUAGUGCAACCGACCCUAGUAUUUCACGAAAUAAAAUUGAUGAUAACUAUCAGAAAUGUGUAUCCCUUGCACAAUAA